AUGGGAACCCAGCCAGAAACUGAGUCCUUUGAGAUGACCAACCGACCAGUAUCCCCUCUCAGUGUAGUGACAGAGGAAGACGACCCUGAAUCUGUUGACACCGCUUCAACUGGAACCCCCAAGCCGGAAGAUACUCAACACGGCGCUCAGUCGGACAAUGAUGGACUGCUAGCACCAAGUCCAAAGCAUGAGAUUACAGAAGAAGCCGCAUCAGUACACGCGGACUGUCCUCUCAAAAAAAACAUUUGCUGGCUCAUCGCAUAUAUCCAAGUCAAGACAGACAAAAGCUACAUAGCAGCCGUCAUUGUUGGAGGCAAGCUCUCGUCUACAGAAGCCAAGCUAAUUGACGCGGCCUUCUCCAUUCUCGUGGCGCCAGCCGUGGUCGCGGUCGCCAAUUGGCAUAUGUUUAAGUUUGCUCGCCUUUCUGCAGUCAAUGAGCACAGCGGAAGAAACUCCGCUGUGAGCAUGAAGGUCCUCGUCGAAGUUGCCAGCACAGACUGGGGGUCCUUUAGCCCACUCAAGUUCUGGACUUUCGUCCGUUCAAGAAGGCCUCGUGUGAUCUGUCUGGGAAUGAUCGCCGUUCUCUCAGCUUUGAGUUUCUCAUUGCUUGGAAAUUCUGUGGCAUAUCAACAGGCCGGAGUGGAUACAUCUACGCAGGUGCUUGAAUAUCUGUAUGAUACACAUUCGGUGCUGCCCGGAGGCUCACGUCCAAUACCCCUGGACGACCAGUCUAUCCAGCAACAAGUUUCAGCAAGACUUCAAGAUAGGCUUUCACGCCUACCGCAAGGGAUGCUUGAGUCAUCUACAACAGGACUCGUGAGCGUCAAUGUCUCGGAUCAAUCACGUUCAUCGCUUUCUCCUGCCGUUAUGCAACUAUUUCACGUGCCAGUCUAUCGACUGAAAAUGCUUUGCGGUCCCUCCCAUCUUAAAAGUGUAUUAAUGAUAGUGCCAGACAAACGGAACCCGCUCCUCAGAUUUGCCCUUGAAGAAACAGCCUCAGUCCUCGGUUCAGAGUCAACCACAUACGAAGCAACGUUCGGCACCAACGAAUCUGCUGUAUCAAAGACGGCACUAGAUGCAGCUAAAGCCACAAACCCAGGAAUCGCAUACCCGCUCAUUGCCUUCAAUGAGACCGCUCUUUGGAUCGGGGUUAUGGAUUCCGAGAACGAUGAUGUCCCAGUGGUUACUACAGAGCGGUGGGGUAGCUUGAUACCUUUUACCAAAGGUUUCCCCAUUACUGAGCAGCCUGACGGUCGACAAACAAACUACAGCCUAAGAUUUUCAGGCUUAACAUGCCGUUUAAACAGAUCCACUGGAUGGGCUGAUAUUAAAGUGAACGGGAGUGACUGGUCGAUGAUCGAGAACACUCUGGUGGACGAGAAGCCUGACACAGGGCACGAUAUGCCGGUGCUUAGCUUGACGUCAAGUCUCAGUACCUUUGACGAUGGGCGUGAUGGGAGACCGCCCGGGCUCGGUGGACACUUGCUUCGAGCGGCACUGGGAGUGGCGACUGAAGGAAGUCGACAGAGCUGGGGCCUAGAAACCCUUGCUGAUGCUUUCCUAUGGUACGAAAUAGAGGCCCGUCAAGUACUCCUUGACAACGACCAAGCCGUAAGGGCUGAGAGAUAUCAAGUGCAGUCCAACAUCGAUGAAUACGCAAUGACAUUCGUUCCGUGUAUUCUCAUGUCUGGACUUGCGACACUGGGAACAGCAUGCGCGUUGACGAUUGCGCUCACCCUCGAUUCUUGGAAGGUAUACUCGCUUAGAAGUGGCAGAAUGUUGGAUCCAAUCCGAUUGACAGCUGAUGUUGGAGUGGCUUUGGGUAAGCAGGUGUUUGAAGAGUGCUCAACCUGGCACGCCACAAGGCUGAACAAGUGCGCCGAUGAGGCUCGGUUUCAGUACGAGCCCGACGCCCGUUUGGAUAGUGCAACGGGUCUGUAUGCUCUAGGGAUCCGCCUUCGACAAAUCUCGCGACCACACGACUGA